AUGACUCCCGGUUUUCAAAGCACUGACAUCAUCACUUUUCUCAUUGUAAUACUCAUUGGAGGUUUUGCUGCUCUUCUGCUUCAAACAGCGGCAAUAAGUCCAUAUAGUUGGUAUCCUCGGGAUAAUUUUGAUUACAUAAUGGAGAAAAUGGCUCGCGCCAAUCCAAACAACUGCAGAUACCUCUCAGAGGCUGAUUUGACACUUCCUAUUAAUACAGUUAAUCAGAUGCCAAAAUUCAACCAAAUCCCUCUCCAAGUUUGGUAUGCCAAUCGUUCAAAACUGCUCCAUCUUCACAAUUUAGCCCUCAAUCGAGCUUUCUUCUUUUCAUACAUUCUUCAACGUCUUAAUGAUACAAGAACUGGUCCAGGUCUGCUUCCUUCUCACAUAUACUACUAUUUUUCUGGAGCUGCUGAUCUAUCAUCUGCGCCUAACGCAGUCAAUACCAGUGGAAUCUAUAUGGAUACCAACUGUUCUUAUGCCAGUUGGUAUAUCUCCGAUAGUGUCAAUACUACAUUUCCUCUCUUUGCUCCAGUGACGAGAAGAUUGGACAAUUGGAAUGACGAGACCAAUUUUCUAAGGAUUCCUACAAAUGACACAAUUGAGGUAUGA